AUCCAACGGAUUUUUGCUGAGCUUUCGUUUUUCCUGAGGUUUUUCCAUUAGAAAAAUAUUUGAAUCAUCAUAAUUCAUAGUUCAGUUCGAUUUGAAAUUGUAAGGCCAGUUUCUGUGGUAUUGAUAUGCAAAAUAUUCUGGAUAAGAAUUCAGAUCAUAGAGAAGGUGUUUGGACUCUAGUUAAUUAUGGCUAUAAAGAAGACGAUAAAACGUGGACUACGAUUUUCCCCAAGAAAGAUGAGAGAAUGUCACUGAUUCUUAAAAAUAUGUGCUUGAUUAUCCUAAAUGGAAAUGAACUGCUGGAAAAUUUCUCGUUCUUGAUGCACGAUAUCAAACGUAUUGCUAUUGAUAAUGAUUCGAUGGGUAUUGCUCUCGAACAAGGAGCUACGAAAAGAAGAUUGAUAAGGGUACGAUUCUCCGGAAAAAUGAUGUUUCCAGGCGAACAUUAUUGUGAUCAAUGUGCUAAAGUUUUAAGUCACUAUAUUGUUCCAAAUUAUGUAAAUAAAGAUAAUCAAUUAGAUCAGCCAAGUAAAGUUUCAUUAUCUCAAUACGUAUCGGAAUUUAUUAAAAAUACUAAAGGAUUGCCGUCUCAAAAAUACGAAGAGCUGGUAUCGGUUUAUCCUCUAGAAGACAUCAUCGAAGAUUGCAUCUUGGAUGUAAAUUUUCCAGAUAUCGUAGCACAAGUACACUCCAUUCUAGAAUCUAAACUAAAUUCCAAGUAAAUAAAAAAAUCAUCGUUAUUGUUAUAAAAAUUCAAAUAGUGAAAUUUAUUAUUUAAAAAUAGUCGAAAAAUCUACAUUAUUUUCUGUAUUAUUUAAAAACGUAUCGCAUUCUUUAAUAAAAUCGUUUUUCAAAAUUA